GUGUCAGAGGGAAUUUCUCAGUCAAGGCAAUAGCCGUUUGUCCAUCGACUCGGCAGUCUUACAUGCCGCGUGUUUGCUUUGAAAUCUCCGCUGUUUCUGGUGAAUUUUUCGUCUCCCAUCAUCCUUCCGUCAUCGUCGAGACUAAUUGGAACGAAAUUGGAAUCUUCUUCUAAAACCAUCUCACAGUUGAAUGUGGAGCGGUCAUCUAAGGAGGCCAUUUAUCCGAAACGUUCUCUAGAAAAAGAAUUUCAAGAGAGUUUUAUCGAAUCAUUCGAUAAAACGUUUUAUGAAAGUAUAGAACAAGUAAAGAAUGCCACGUAAUUUUUGGCAAUGCGUGGUCCGAUCUCUCGACACGUAACAGAAACGAUUAUAUUAAAGAAGAAGGAUUAUUAAAUAACUAUUUAUUUAAGGAUAAAUCAAUGACCCGGGUGGAUGGGAAAAACGAUGAUAAAAUGUCGUGUCUGGGAGACAAUUUUGCUUCUCCUCAAUAUUUUAAGUUUAACGAUAGAUGCGAACAUAGUUGGAGAGCAUAUCUCGAUGAACGAUGAUAGAAAAAGAUCCAUGGAGAUAGAUGAUUCCGUGUACUCUUGGACAGGACCCAAUGCCCUGGCGAGAUCAGCUUUGGUGGAACGUCAGGAAAGAUUACAAUAUAAUUGCGAGGAGAUCUUGGGAGAUAGAGAAUCCGAGAACCAGGAUCUAAAUCCAGAAUCUUUCAGGAAUAUUCUUGUGGACGAGCAACAUGAACUUUUAUAUUGUUAUGUUCCAAAGGUUGCCUGCACGAACUGGAAACGAGUUCUGAUGGUUGUCACGGGCAAGUGGCCAGGUAACGAUCCUAUGGAGAUACCGGCUGAUCAGGCGCAUUCCCCAAGUACUUUCCAAAGGCUCAGUAAUUAUACUUUGUCCGAGAUCGAACGAAUGCUGGUGACUUAUGACAAACUGAUUGUCGUCAGACACCCUUUGGAAAGAUUAUUGUCCGCCUACAGGAAUAAAUUGGAAGCGAAACACGAGAAGAGUUCGAAAUACUUUCAAACCCGUUUUGGGAAGAAGAUUAUCAGGAGGUACAGACAAAACGCCACUGUAGAAUCACUGAAAAACGGCGAUGAUGUGACAUUUCGAGAGUUCGUACAAUUCGUUACGGACGAUUCGUCGAAUGAGACGCGAAACGAGCACUGGAAGCCGAUAUACGAGCUGUGUCAUCCAUGUUUGGUUAAUUAUAAUCUCGUCAGCAAAUAUGAAAGCUUAGCGGAGGAUGCUACAGAAGUUUUGGAGCGGAUGGGCGUCGAGUCAAUCAAUUUUCCAACCAAACCGAUGAACAGCGAGCCAACUGCGAAGAAACUGGAGAAAUAUUAUUCCACGUUGACGUACAAGCAGCUUCGGAAGUUGGUGGAUUUGUACAAAUUAGAUCUAAGAUUAUUCGAUUACUCGCUCGAGGACGUGCUGGGAUUCUCGUUGGCUUGAUUGCAAGUUUACUCGAGAAUUUCUGACAACAGAGAUGAAUUACGCUUCGAAUUAUGAAUAGCUACGUUAAUGGUUAAAUAGUAUUAUGCGUUUACUCGAUUGUAAUAAAUCAUACGAGUUAAUUAUUCCUGUUUUCGACAUACAAGCAUCGGUUCGCGUGCAUUAAUUUACUCAGGUCUUUCCUUUAUAUUUAUGUAUCUAGUUAUCAUUUAAUGAAUCGAAAAUUGUGGAACAAAGUCUUCGUUCCAUAAGAUCAAACCGGUUAUCGUUUUGAGAAUCGAGAUAGUUGUUAGUUGUAGUAGAGAGAUUUUUUCCUCCUAUGUCGUUGCUCCCUGUAUUUUUAAAACGUUCGCGAAUCCCGUGCCAAGAAUUUAAAAGUAAAAAAACCGGUUGUUUGUGCCAAUGAAACAUCUGUUGAUAACUUUCUUCCAGAAAGUCAUAUGGUGUUCCCUUUGAGUUUCUAGAUCUUGAAAUAUUUGCAUUUUAUUCAUUCGAAUAUUUUAUUUUAUUUAUGUAGAUGUUUAAAAGUAAAAGGUCUAGUGACUGGUGUCUCGGUUAGAUUUGUUGUAACAGGAUGCCCGCCAUAUUCGUGUACCUACGUAUGCUAGUAACGUGUACAAAAUGUACAAUUUACAUUCCUAGAAAUAAUUCAUUUUGUAGCAUGUACUAUAAGUUACCAAUCAACUCUCUCUAUUUGUUAAUACACGAGUAAUUGAGAAUUGAAUAAAGAGAUAUUUUAUAAAAUAU